UGUGUAGCUACCGCAUGUAGUUUGUAUUAAUAGCGAACGAGGUAGAUCUGUGCGGUAAAACGCUCUAAUGCGCACAAUGGUAGCAGUUUAGUUUUUCUCUAGCCUUGUUCUUCAUUCCUUCAAGUGGAUAAACAUCAGGUGGUUUUCAUAAUUUAUAAUUAAAUUAACCAACAAGGUAUUAAAUAAUGCGGCUUCUUAACAAUGCUUUUCUAUAGAUAUUGCUAAGCUAUUGACUUCUAAUCCAAAACUUAAGAUUGAUUCCCUUUUUUUGAUGAUUUCCAAGAAACUUCAUUACGUCAGUAUACGUUUGCAAAAGUUAAUCUGCCAGAAUUCUAUCUUCUUGACAGCUUUUUUGAGACAUAGGUUUUUCCAGUUAUUUCUCAGUUUUUACAAAAAGACUAGUUGGCUGAAUUAUUAUUCAGUUUUAAGUUGAAAAUUUUUGCUAGUUGUUAAUCAGUUAUAACGUUAUCAAUAUGGCAGAAGCAGUAAAAGUAAUAGUGCGAUGUCGACCUAUGAACACACGUGAACGGAACUUGAACUGCGGGGAGGUGGUCUCGAUGACAUCGCAGACUCAAUGUACAAUUGUGAACCCAGACGCUCAAAGCGACCCCCCGAAAGAUUUCACGUUCGAUGGGGCCUAUUUCACAGAUAGCACCACUGAACAGAUUUACAAUGACGUGUGCUUCGACUUAGUAGAGAAUGUUCUGGAAGGCUAUAAUGGCACUGUGUUCGCCUAUGGGCAGACUGGAUGUGGGAAGUCUUUCUCCAUGCAGGGAAUCCCCCAACCCACCACUCAAAGGGGAAUCAUCCCGCGUGCAUUUGACCACAUAUUCGAGGCAGUGGCUAUUGCUAAGGACAAGAGGUUUCUCGUGCAUGCGAGUUAUCUGGAGAUCUACAAUGAGCAAGUCAGAGAUCUGCUGUCGAAGGAUGCGAAGAAGCAACUGGAUCUGAAGGAGCAUCCAGAGAAAGGAGUCUAUGUGUCAGGUCUCUCUCAGAACGAGGUGCGCAAUGUCGAAGACUGCCAACUGCUGAUGGCCAAAGGGUGGAACAACCGAGCAGUGGGAGCCACUCUGAUGAAUGCCGACUCCUCCAGAUCCCACUCCAUAUUCACAAUCAACAUCGAGAUCAUGGACUCCAAUGCAGCAACACAGUCAGUUGGUGCUCCAUCAGCCGGGGGAGGGGAGGAACAUUUCUUGGCUUCAAAGUUGAAUCUGGUUGACUUGGCGGGAAGUGAGAGGCAAUCUAAGACAGGCGCGGCGGGAGACCGUCUGAAAGAGGCCACCAAAAUUAACCUGUCCCUGUCUGCACUGGGUAAUGUCAUCAGUGCCCUGGUGGAUGGGAAGAGCAAACACAUUCCAUACAGGGACUCCAAACUGACUCGGCUGUUGCAAGACUCCCUCGGAGGCAACACUAAGACACUCAUGGUGGCUUGUCUCUCACCUGCUGCUGAUAAUUACGAUGAGACUCUCUCAACUCUUAGGUAUGCGAAUCGGGCGAAGAAUAUAAAGAAUAAGCCGAAGAUCAACGAGGACCCUAAGGAUGCGCUGUUGAGACAGUAUCAAGAGGAAAUAAUGCAACUGAAGGCCAUGCUAGACGGGAAACCACUGCCAGCAACUGUGACCACAAAUCAGAAUAAAGUGACGUCUAACAGUAGUGGUGACCGUGUGAAAAUGGACAAAGAAAAAGAACAGAUUAAACAGGAGUACGAAAGCCACUUGAGGCAGAUGGAACAGCAGAUUAGUGACUUGAGCAGAGCGAAGCAGAUGGUCGAACACGAACUAACCUCUCUCAAACUCAAAUCCACCCCGAACUCAACCGCUUCUCAAGGUCAUGACCUGAGCCACAACCGAAGUGAAGAAGGACUCAGAGAUCCCCCCAAUGAUGAUGCAGAUGAUGACCCCUGUAGGGACGAAGGGAGACAGGGUGUGAAAUACGGUCAUGAUGAAAAUAGAGAAGAAAAGCUGGUGCGUGCAAGAGGUGGCUUUGACGAUGAUGGCGAGGGGGAGUUAAACGAAGGCAUCGAUGACGAGGAAGGGGAUCUGAGAGAGUUCUACGAUGAUGAAAAUGGCGACUGUGAAGGGGUUCAAGAUGAAAGUGGAAACUUCCUGAAAGUGAAGGACAGUGGAGACGCAUCUGCCUUCAAAAAGAGUCCCGAAUUGAGGCGCAAGAAUGCCCGGCCCAAGUCGUCAGCCCCGAACCUCAUCUCCAUCUCAGAGGCAGAUGCAGAGGGUUCCCCUAGAAAUGCCAAAAAUGUGGAGAGUCAAUUGACAGCUAAUGCACGACCAUCUAGUCAUUCGGAGACACAGCAGAAUUCUACGCAGCGACAGCAAACAGAUGUCAAUUGUGUCGCACCCGAGAACCAGAACGGCCAAGGUGUCACCACCGAACAGCAGGAGGCAGCCAUGAAACGCCUGGCAGAACUGGAGGCGAUGUUCAACCAGAAAUUCAUAAAGGGAGGAAGUGGUGCUACUGGCUCUGGCUCAAAACAGACUGCAGCUGGAGAUAGUGUCAGUGCAGGAUCUGGAGUUGGGCUGCAGGAAAAGAGACUGCGUCGUAAGCGACAGAAGGAGAAGACAGAAGAGGAGAGGAGGCGGAGACAGUUGAGGGAGGCGGCAGAGAGGGACAACAUGGACAGUGUGGUCCAAGUGUACGACAGUGUCAUGAAUGAGAUACAGGACAGGGAGAAGGGGGAGGAGAGGCUGCAGAGGAAGCUAAAAGCGGCGGAGACUGAGAUCCGUGACUUGACGUCUGAGUUUGAGCUGGAGAGGAGGGACUACUUGGAGACCAUCCGCAGUCAAACUAAACAGAUGCAGCUGGUGGAAGCCAUUCUGGAGAAGGUGCAGCCUCUGAUCCAGCGGGACUGCAACUACUUCAGCCUGAGGAAAGUGAAGGAGGAGGCCAAGUAUGAUGUGGAUGGACUGUGCUGGCGACUCCCCGAAGUACAGCUCAUCAAAACCAACUUGCCCAGUCUCGGCCAAGAUGGGCAGCAGCAGAGAAAUGGGACCACUGGUCCAUUUGGGACUAAGUUGUCGGACAGCAGUGGUGGUGGUGGCAGAGGAGGAGGAGGAGGCAGCAAUGGGUACGCACAGGCGGGUAGAGGGGACAACCUACAUGACAACAGCCAGUCUCACAGGUUUUUCGAUGAAAACUACGGAAUCCAACAGGACGAUGUGUUCCAAAACUACAUGAAGCCUAAGAGAGCACAGAAGAUACUGGAGCAAGGCGCAGCGACCAGAGGCAUGAAUGACAACUCAAAUUCAAGGCGCAAGUCUAUUUCUUCCCAAAUGACAUCCAGUGGGGACCAUCUCGGAUCCUCUUAUCGCAAUUCACACCAGCUAUUAGGGGAGCACCCACCCUUCUGCUCUUCCUCCUCCUCCCCCAUCGGAUUGGGAAUGGGGGCGGGAACUAGCAGCACCGUUUUAAUGUCCCCCUCAAAUGCGUUUGAGAUCCCUAAUCCGAAAAAUGUUCGUCUGGAGAAAUUGGAUUUGAAUGCGGAAAGACCUUUCUCGAAUAAGUCGAAAAAGAAGAAAAAAGAGAAGACCUUCGUGGCUUAUUAGUGACGAAUUAUGAAAGUCGAACCAAAUUUGAUGCUAUGUUUGUAUUAUUUUUGACUUGUAUUAAAAUGUAGGUAAUGCUGAUUAUUUGAUAUGUCGGCCAAAGUAUUUGAUAU